AUGCCAACUACCACUACAUACGACGUCAUCAUCGCCGGCGCCGGCCCCGUCGGCCUCUUCCUCGCGUGCGAACUAGCUCUGACUAACGUUUCUGUCCUUGUGCUUCAGAACAGCCCUAGCCUGGAAGACCCCUGGCGCGACGGGCCGCUGGGCUUCCGUCUCCUUUCCCACGGCUCUACGGAGAUCUUUCACCGUCGCGGAAUAUUGGAUAAAGUCAUCGCGAGAGAGCUGACACCGGGCGAGACGACACUUUCCGGGGGAAAGCCCGAAGCGAACGGAACUGGGAAGAGGCAGAGGCGGCCUGGCGACUUCCCGGUCGCCAGUCACUUCGCAGGGAUAUUGGUCAUGAGCAAGGAUGUGAACUGGGAGAUGUGGAGGGAGGUGUUGCCUGGUCCGAGUGCGUUUGGGGGCGCACUUAAGCAGGGACAACUUGUGGGAGUCUUGUGGGAGAGGGCGAAGGAAUUGGGAGUGGACAUAAGGCUGGGCUGGGAGGUUGGAAGAUUUGCAGACACUGGGUAUGGAGUCAAGAUUUGGGCCGCAAAGACGGAAGGGGAUGGAACCGAAGAGGAGUUUGAGGCAAAGUAUCUGGUUGGCGCGGACGGUGGGAGGAGCUUCGUGAGACAACACGCUGGGUUUACGAUGGAGGGGAAUGAAGCGAGCUGGACGGGGUACAUGGCUGACUGUGAAUUGGAGGCGAAGUCUAAAGAAGCGCUAACGCCUGGCUUCCAUCGCACGCAGAAGGGGGCGUAUGCGAGUAGGCAUCCCACAACUUUCGUCCUGGACUUCGACAACAAAGGAGAUGCAGGCCGUGCGCGCAGACCAGAAGUCACCCGCGAAGUCUUCGAAUCCGUUCUCAGGCGUGUUGUGGGAAAAGAUGACCUCGCUGUCGACUCAUUGAAUCUAGGUGGCUCCUUUACCGACCGGGCAAAGCUCGUUACACAAUACCGCCGAGGCCGCAUACUCCUCGCCGGCGACGCAGCACACAUACACUCGCCGCUCGGGGGACAAGGCUUGAAUCUGGGCCUUGCAGAAGCUCUCAAUCUAGGCUGGAAACUCGGUGCCGUGGUGAAGGGUCUAGCUCCUGAAACCCUGCUUGAUACGUACGAGAAGGAGCGGCGGCCUAUUGCAAGGGAGGUCCUCGAGAUGAUACGCGCACAUACAGCUGCCAUAGAGCCGGGCUUACAUGGUGACGCUGUCUUUAACCUCGCAAAGCAGAUGAUUGCGACGCGCGAUGGGGCGACGCUUUUCGCGGCGAAGUUGAUCUGGUAUCAUCCGGUUGUUGAUGUUGGGGGUGACUGUAAGCACUGGCUUGUUGGAAGGAGCGCGCCGGACUUUGAGUUCAAAGACAGCACAAGAUUGGGAGAGAAGAUGCAGCGGGGGGCGUGGGUUGUUGUUAAUUUCGCGAAGGAUGAGAAGGUGAAGGAGUGGGUGAAGAAACUGGAAGGCUUCGUGUAUGCAGACGAAGACGCAAUGGAGACGCUGGGAAUAUGUGCGGCAUUGAUUAGGCCUGAUGGGGUGGUUGCUUGGGCGAGGGAUGCAGCUGAGAUGGAUGGCAGUGUGUUGGAGGGGUUGCAGGAGGCCAAGGCAAGGUGGCUCGACUAA